AAGUUUCCUUUUUAGUUCACUGUAUGUAGCCAUUUAUAUCAAUGAUAUUGUAUCAUCUUCUUUCCAAUGGAAGGAGAAACAAAGCAUGCAUAUAAUGCGGCCAAACUGCAAUUGGAAGAACAUUACAUAACAAUCAAGAGUCUUCUGCUACCUUACCAGAGUCCUACAACAGGCCUAUUUUCCUGUGGGAAAGAUGCGUUUGUUCGUGAUAGUGUGUACUGUGCUGUCGCCAUAUGGUCUCUCGGACUUGCAUACAGAAGGAUUGAUGAUGAUGAAGGAAGGUGCUACGAACUUGAACAUUGUACUGUUAAAUGUAUGAGAGGGAUAUUAACUUGUUAUAUGAGACAAUCAUUUAAGGUUGAAAAGUUUAAGACUGAACAGACGAACGCAAAUGCAAUUCAUUGCAAAUUUGAUGCAUGGACAGGGGAUGCUACUCAAGGAGAAUAUCCUCAUUUACAACAAGAUGUUGUUGCUUUAUUUAUUUUAUAUCUCGUGCAAAUGACGGCCUCAGGUCUUCAAAUUGUAUUCAACACCGAUGAAGUUGCGUUUGUCCAGAAUCUUGUAUAUUAUUUGGAAAGAUCUUACAGAGUUCCUGACUUUGGUAUGUGGGGUCGUGGUAGCAAAUACAACAACGGAAACCCUGAACUUCAUGCUAGUGCUGUUGGUGCUGCAAAAGCAGCUUUGGAAUCUGUGAAUGGUUUUAAUUUAUUUGGGAAGCAACAUGGAGCACCAUGGUCCGUUAUCUGGGUGGAUAUGGAUGCCCACAAUAGAAAUCGAACUGUUGUUGACUCUUUGCUGCCAAAGGAAUCUAUUUCAAAAAACAGUGAUUCUGCAAUAUUACCUACAACUUCGUUUCCAUUUUUUGCUCUUGAUGAUGAUGAUUUAUGCAAACUUACAAAAACGAAAGUCAAAAAUCGUUUGGAAGGAAGAUACGGUUAUAAAAGGUUUGUGGGUGAUGGUUACAUGACAGAAGUUGAAGAUCAAAAUAGAAAAUAUUAUAGACCUGCUGAAAUCAAACUUUUCAAUGGAAUUGAAUGUGAAUGGCCGUUGUUUUUCAUUUAUUCAAUAAUUGAUGGAGUAUUCCACAAUGAUUCUGAACAGGUCAGAGAAUACCAAGAGAAGCUGAAAACUACUUUAUGGGAAAAUGAUGAUGGUCACUUGCUUGUUCCACGUUUUUAUUAUGUUCAAAAAGAUGAUAUUCAAAAAGAAAGGAACAAACCAGGAUCAUGUGAUCGUAAAUGCAGUUUCGAUUUGACAAAGGAAACACAUGUGUUUCUAUGGGGACAAGCACUGUAUACAAUUUCACAACUUUUAGUGGAUGGGUUGAUAUCGAGGCAAGAAAUUGAUCCGGUCAAGCGUUUUAUUCCUUUGAAAGAACAAAGAGGGGUAAACAUGAGAUAUUCAAUGUUUCAAGGAGUUGCUUGUGAAACGACAAUACAGGUUGUCUUAAUUGCCGAAAGUACGAAGUUGCAAACUGAACUUUCUACAUAUGGAAUAAUAACGCAAACAUCAAAUCAAGUCGAACCUGUUCAAAUCUGGCCUUCACAAGAAUUAGUCAAAGUGUACGAACACCUAGGAGUAUUACCAAAUCUUGGUUUAUCUGGACGACCAAAGCGUCCGAUCGGAGCCUUAGGUACUUCAAAAGUAUAUAGGAUUCUUGGCAGUACUGUUGUUUGUUACCCUUUGUUGUUUGAUAUUAGCGAUUUCUACAUUGCAUUCGAUACUCAAAUUUUACUUGAUGAAAUCAAGCAUACAAUGGGAUUUAUAAACAGCUAUUGGAGAUUGCCUGGCAGACCACUCUUCAUCACUUUACUUAGAGAAGAUGUUAUGAAGAAGGAGAGAUUGGGACCCAUCUUAGAAAUGUUAAGUGCAUUUAAAAGAGGGGAAUGGCAAGGAGUUAAAAUUCGAGUUGGAAAGAUACAAUCAUUUAUUGGAUCAACAUUCUUCGAACACUUAGAGUUUGUCAGAUAUGGAACUCGAGAAAUUGAUUCCGGAUUUUUUAAGCCAUUUUAUGGCUUGGAUGAAGAAGAUGAUGAAACCAAUACAUUGAAAUGUCAUGGAAGUUCUUGCACUAAUUUAAGACAACAGAUAGGCUCAGUUGAAGAUGAGGAUAUAAAAAUGAAAACUGAUGGACAGAAGUCUUCUGCUGAAAUUGUACAAGUUCUCAGAAACUAUACUUCAGUAGAAGCCCUUUCUUAUUUACUUGGAAUCCUAAUGAAACGAGAAGGCCCUCAGUUUAUUACACAUCGAGGGAGUUGCGUUGAUCAUAUCAACAGAGUAUAUAGAAUUGCAGCACACCAAAAAAAGUGGGGAAUAGUUCGAUACAGUGCUUGCUUGUGUAAGAAAAUUGUUGACAGUUUGGCCCCCUCAAUCACAGCUAUUCUUGUGAGAGGCCGAGAAGUUACACUAGGCGUUUUUAACCAUGAAGAGGUAGUCAUCAACAAUCCGAUACCACCAUCAGAGAUCCAAAAAAUUCUGUAUACAAAAUGCCCACAACAUAAUGAUUAUGAGGCGUGUUUGCAACAAGAACUUGUUUUGCAUGUUGCUGCAGCAAUGACAGAUCAUCCAGAUUUGUUUGAAGGUAUGCUUCAAGUUCGAAUAGGAUGGUUGGUGCAUGCUAUGAAAUUGCAAUUAUCAAACAAUCAAGAAAGUGAUGAAAGUUCUUACGAACACAUUUACUCCAUGUCACCGAGUGAAAUCAAAAAAUUAAUGCUAGAUGUACUGAAAGUAAGCCAGGAUUCACAAUGUCACCUAUCUUGGCUCAGACGAAGGCAAAUUAAUGGAGCUUUGAAUAAGGUGCCAAAGGGAUUUUAUGCCAAAGUUUGGUCAAUAUUGGAAAGGAGCCCAGAAGGCCUAAAUAUCAAUGGAAAUCAUCUUCCUUAUCAACCUACUAUAUCUGAUAUGAGCCCAUUUGAAAUUACUUGGUGUAAGCUUGUUGGAGAAAAAUUUGCAGGAAUUCGAGAACCAGUUUAUCGACACAUUAUGGUCGAAACGUUAGUUCUAACAGGAACAAUCUUGGAAAGGAAUCCAGAACUACAAUUUGAGAGUUGUGUCUGUAUGGAUCUGGUGAUCAAAUCUGCAUAUGAACUCUAUAAAAAGGAUGAGCCAUCAGACAAAUCUGAUAGCAUGGAUGAGUUUUACAAUCAAGAUCCUUCAAAUCUAGCCAGACAUCUGUGCAAAAGUGUGAUGGGAUCACUGCUACAAAACAAAAUUACCAUUGAAUUGGAAAAUUCCCUCUGUUCUGUAUGUUAAUAACAAUACUUGUCCUUUGCCUGGUUACUUCUACUAUAUUUUCUAUAUUUGACAUAUGCUUGCAUGGUGUCAGGGCCAGAUUUAAACGAUAAGAAACCCUCGCCACAAUAGCUUGAUGAACUUGAUAAAUGGAAAUGUAUUUUGAAAUUUUGAAAUGUAAUACGAUGUCAUAUUUUCCGUUGGGAACAACAUGAAAAAUUCAUAGUGAUAUAUUACCGUGUUCUGUGAAAUUCAUUAUUAUGUUGCAAUAGAGAUUUCUAUACAUAUA